GAUCGAGUACGACAAAAAUUUAAUGCAAAAAAAUUAGCUCAACAAGGAAAGAAAAAAACACUUCAACUUGAUAUUGAUGAUGAUGAUGAUGAUAAUCAAAAAGAUAUUUCAACAACAAAAUCAAAUGAAAAUGUUAAACUUGAAAUUGAACGAUUAAAAAAAGAAUUAAAAUAA